CCCCGACUGUUUCGUCCAAAACCAUCCCUCGGCCCCGAGCUCUCGCGAUACGCAGUCGCAAUUGGUGCUAUAGCUUUGGAACGCAGCGACGGGAUCGCGGCUUACAAAGAACUGAAACUCCCAUAUUUCUCCUCCUUCAGCUCCUCUUCUACCCAAAACCAUUGAGGAAGGACUCAAGGAUUUAUUAUUUGUAUAUUUCGCUGCAUUAAGAUGGAUACUUCAUUUGCACUUCGGGGACUGAUCGGUUCAAGCCGAACAAGCGACAAUAAUGCAGUGCGGCGGCUCCCCUCAAACAUUGAGCUGCCCACAGAAGAAAGAUUAGCGAAGAGGUCUCUCACUGGUAGCAGAGCCUUCCAUGGAAGCCGGAUUAUCUCUGAAUCUGCUAAAGGGGCUUAUCUGAACCGACCUUUAUCGCCACAUUUGCCUUUGAAGAAGCCACAGCUGAGCGCCACUUAUUCCAUUUCCCACAGAAUUUUUGGAGUUGGAGUUGCCAGUGCCAUAUUGUUAGUCCCCCUGGCAAUGAAGUUCAGCACCCUCUUUGAUAUUUAAUAAUAGAAAGAUUUACAUGCAUACCACUCUAUUCUUAUGUAUUUCUUAUAUGCAACACUUGAAACUUCAAUAUUUUCUUUUAUGCCAUCUUAUGCAUGAAAAUAUGUAUUUCACUUUUUAAGAGUUAAAACAGUGAUAUUUUUCAUGUAAUAUGUAAUAUGUGAUGGUUUAAAUGUAAAAUGUAAAAAUUAGGUGCUGGAUAUCUAAAUACAUAAGAAUUUGGUGGUAUGUAUGUAAAUGCCCCUUCAUAAUAUUUGAUUGGGACUUCAUUUGAGCCUUUUGAUGUUCAUGAAAGUUUUCAAGCACUCGGUGAAGAUGAAAUAAUGAUUAUUUGGUUUGCCAGACAA